CAGCUGCUGGAAGGCAGGAAAAAGGCUAACACCCAACAAAAGACAAGCCAGAGAGGAAGACUGGCCCUGUUGCUGCUGAGCAAGCCAGAGAGGAAGACUACCCCUGUUGCUGCUGAGCAAGCAUGCACUGCUAAACAAACCACACAGGGAUGGACUGAGCACCACUCUAGUACUUUAUCACAUGUAAGAAGAUAACGCUGUGGGAACUGAUAAAAAAAAAGUACCAGAGAAAUACAAAACUACAGAAGAAAACUCUGUAAAAACAGUUAAGAUGCUGCUUCUGUGGAUAACAGUAUUAGGUGCCUUUUUAUCCUGCGCUGCAGGUAGAUAUCCGGAUAUAUUAAGCUCCAGACAUCCCAGACACCUCAUAACAUCGCCAAACGCACCAGGGUUAUGCCGUUAUGGUUCUAAAACUGAUUGCUGCUAUGGCUGGAAGAGGAACAGCAAAGGACAAUGUGAAGCUGUCUGUGAACAGGGCUGUAAGCAUGGAGAAUGUUUGGGGGCAAACAAAUGCAAAUGUUUUCCUGGAUUCACUGGAAAAAGCUGCAGCCAUGAUCUCAAUGAAUGUGGUCUUAAGCCACGACCUUGUGAACACAGAUGUAUGAACACUCACGGCAGCUACAAGUGCUAUUGUCUAAAUGGGUAUAUGUUGAUGCCAGAUGGCUCUUGUUCAAACUCUAGGACUUGUGCCAUGGCAAACUGCCAAUAUGGCUGUGAAGAAGUGAAGGGGGAGGUGAGGUGCUUGUGCCCUUCCAGUGGCUUGCAGCUGGGACCUGACGGGAGAAACUGCAUCGAUAUUGAUGAAUGCGCAGCCAACAAAGCUACCUGUCCUUUCAACCGCAGAUGUAUGAAUACUUUUGGAAGUUACUACUGUAAAUGUCAGUUUGGAUUUGAAUUAAAAUAUGUAAAUGGGAAAUAUGACUGCAUAGAUAUUAAUGAGUGUUUGAUGAACACACACAAGUGCAGUAUUCAUAGUGACUGUAUCAACACACAAGGAUCCUAUAAAUGCAGAUGUAAACAAGGGUAUAAAGGCAGUGGAUAUGACUGUGCUGCUAUUACUGAAAAAAUAGUAAAAGAAAGUCCUAAAAUUGUUGGAAGAGCAAAGGACACUAUCAAGAAGCUGCUUGCCCAUAAAAACAGCUUAAAGAGAAAUGAACAACUUAAGAAUAUCAUACCUGAAACAGUUCUCACACCAUCACCAAAAACUCGACUGCAACCAUUUGACUAUGAGGAUGGAAUUUAUAUUGGUGGCAACUACAAUGAAGAAGAUGAGAAUGAGGAUUUUGUAGAAGAAGAUGAUGAGGAUCAAGAUGAUGAUGAUGAUGAUGAUGAUGAAGAAGAAGACAUUUUUGAAAACCUUAUUAAUCAAGAGAAAAUGCUCAGAGGUGAUGUGUUCGCACCACAAGUUAAAAAAGAAGCUGCAUUUGGACCUCUUUCAGUUAACAGAAAUGUUCCACAAUUAAAGUCAGAAGAAGUGUCUAUAGACUGCAGCUUUGAUCAAGGAAAGUGUAACUGGAAACAGGACACUGAAGAUGAUCUUGAUUGGAAACAUGUUGAUCGCACUAAUGGUGUUGGUUAUUAUAUGGCAGUCCCUGUAAAUGCUGGUCAAAAGAAGGACAUUGGCCGUCUACAGCUUGCACUGACAAACCUGAGACCAAACAUAAAACUUUGCUUGUUGUUCAAUUACCGACUUUUUGGCGAAAGGGUGGGAAGACUUCGAGUAUAUACUGAUAAAACCAAGAUCCCUCUUUGGGAAGAAAACAGAAGUAAGAAUGAAGGCUGGAGGACUGCAAGUAUUGAAAUACCCAGCAACAGUAAUGUCAGCAGUAUAAUCUUUGAAUCUGAACGUGGGAAAGGAAAAUCUGGAGAAAUGGGACUGGAUAAUGUCUUUCUGGUUUCUGGCCCAUGUCCUGAAGACUGAAUGCUGCUCAUCUACUCACAUAACACUUUAACUGUUUAUAAUUUUUUUAGGAGUAAUCAAUGCUAAUACAACUAAGAUGUGACUUACAUUUUAUCUACAGUUGUGGUGCUUAACCCUGUGCUCCAGGGCAUAUUAAAGUGAAUGUAAAUUUUGAUGCUAAAGUGCCCGGUUUUUAAAAAUUAGAUUAAAAACAGGGGCACUUUAAUUCAUCAAAAUUUACAUUUCCCUCCAGUUGUGAAAAAAAACUUACCUUUGAAUCUUGACAGCAGGCUUCCUCCACCUGUCGCAAGCCUCUUUUUGGGUCUAAAAUGAUAAAUCCGGCUUACUCCAAUCACAGCGUUGAAUCAGACACUGAUUCCCCCGGGGGGGAAGCCGUGAUUGGAGGAUAACCAAUCCAUCAUUUUUAUGACGUCAGAAAUGGCUUGCGACAACCAGGAGAAGCUGGAGCAGCUUGCAAGUUUAAAAGGUCAGUAUUUUUUCACAAAGGAGUGAAAUGUAAAUUUUGAUGAAUUAAAGUGCCCCUGUUUUUAAUCGAUUUUUUUUAAAAACCGGACACUUUAGCAUCAAAAUUUACAUUCAUUUUAAGAAGAUGGAGUUUUAUAUAUCUCCACAUGAGCACAGAGGAUUCACUCAAAUAACUGUACUAAGUUAGUGAUAAUCUUAAAUUAUGGUUUGCUGUUGUAUUCUAAAGGAUAAGAUUGGGAACCACUGACCUACAGAAAUAAACAAAACAAUACUAUCUUUGUGAAAUACUAUCUUUUUAAAUAUAGAAGCAAUUUUUUUUUAACCAAAAUAAUGGUUGCAUAUGAACAACAUUUCUCAAAAGUCUAAGCUUUGUAUGUUUUUCACAGUAUUUUUAUAAUCUAUUUUAUAGAUCUGCCACUGUUCAAAAUGGUGCUAUUUUGGUUUAAUUUAAUUUAAGCUCAUUGUCACUAAGUUUAUAAUUAUGACUGUCUAAUAUAUAAUUUACUAUAUAUUCUCUAUAAUUUACUGUUCCAAAGUAUUUUAGAAAAAUAUGGAACAUAAGUACAGUUUGUCAGAUAUGCUAAAUAUAUAGCUAAUUAUUUUAAUAAGGUUACAUGCAAUUACACUUUUUUGGUGUUGUUCAGCACUCUGUGAUGUUUUUAUGAUGAAUGUUGAAAAUAAAAUGAGCCAUUAACUGAUAAUGAGAUUAAAAAAAAACAUAAAAUAUUCAUCACCCAUAAA